AUGCACCGUAAUCCGAAGUUAGAAGAAUUCGAAAUAGAAACAAAACCGUCAAGAACCACUGAAAGGCAAAAAUUUCAUAAUUUCAUUUAUGAUAGAAAUACUGGCGCUUUUUUGGGAAGAACACCGGAAAGUUGGUGUAAAAUCAUCAUCUUCUAUAUAAUAUUCUACACGGUGCUAGUGGCCCUAUUCGCAAUAUGCAUGGUGACUUUCCACCAGCAGUACAUCAACCCGAGGGUUCCCCGGUUGCAACUGAAUCGCAGCCUCAUCGGCACCAGCCCGGGACUCGGCUUUAGGCCCGUCCCGCCGGAUGUGCGGAGCACCCUCAUUUCGUAUAAAGGCACCGACCUUGAAGACUACAAGUAUUGGGAAGAUCAGCUGAAAGAUUUCCUGUCUGUGUAUAAAAAGAAGGGUCAAACAGCGGGCGCGGGUCAAAACUUUCAUAAUUGCGGAUUCAAUAGUCUGCCGCCACCGGGGAGGGUGUGCGACGUGGACAUCAGCACCUGGUUGCCGUGCAUCGAGGAGAACCACUUCUCCUUCCACAAGUCCUCUCCGUGCAUCUUCUUGAAACUGAACAGGAUCUACGGCUGGCGGCCGGAAUAUUAUAACGACACCCAAAACCUGCCUCCGGAAAUGCCUGUGGAUUUGCAGAUGCAUAUCCAGAACAUCACAUAUCAUAAUCGAGAUUUUGCCAACUCGGUGUGGGUGUCGUGCCAAGGUGAGACCCCGGCCGAUAAGGAGAACAUUGGAGUAGUAAAGUACUUGCCUUAUCAAGGUUUCCCAGGGUACUACUUCCCGUAUGAGAAUGCAGAGGGAUACCUGAGUCCGCUGGUAGCUGUGCAUUUAGAGAUGCCGAAAACCGGUAUAGUGAUAAAUAUAGAGUGCCGCGCAUGGGCAAAGAAUAUCAAGUACGACCGGAGGGAGAGGUUAGGCGUCGUGCAUUUUGAGGUAAUGCUUGAGUAG